UUUAGAUAUUCAGUCUGCUGUGGAAUGGCUCAGAUAGCGGUCGUGUGACUACGUAACACAUUAUUCAAAUAUAUUUAACUUUUGAUAAAACGAGUGUGAAGUUUUAAUAUGGGGCGCCUCUUAUUCCUAGUGCCAGUAUUGGCGAUAGUCCUUCUGCCAGUAUACUACCUAUUCCUACAAGGUCCUCCACCAUUACCAGACUUGGACUACAACGAGUGGUGGGGGCCUGAGAGUGGAAAACAGAAACAGGACACCAGCGUCAGGCCGUUCAAAAUCAGUUUUGGAGAAAAUCUCGUUAAAGAUUUGAAAGAUCGCCUCAAGAGGACAAGACCUUUAACACCUCCAUUAGAAGGAGUUGGCUUCGAAUAUGGCUUCAACACCAACGAAAUUAACAGCUGGUUGAAGUACUGGGCUGAAGGAUACAAUUUCAAGGAGAGGGAAACCUUCCUGAACCAGUUCCCGCAGUUUAAAACUAACAUCCAGGGUCUGGAUAUACACUUCAUCAAAGUUACUCCUAAGGUCCCCGCAGGCGUGCAGGUAGUACCCAUGCUUCUUCUCCACGGCUGGCCAGGGUCCGUCAGGGAGUUCUACGAAUCCAUCCCUCUGCUCACAGCUGUCAGCAAGGACAGAGACUUUGCUUUAGAGGUCAUUGUACCCAGUCUGCCCGGAUAUGGAUUUUCUGAUGGAGCAGUAAGACCAGGCAUGGGAGCACCCCACAUAGGUAUCGUAAUGAGGAACCUGAUGAACCGGCUCGGCUACAAGCGCUACUACGUGCAGGGUGGUGAUUGGGGGUCAGUCAUUGGUACCAGCUUGGCUACCUUCUUCCCUGAGGAAGUUCUAGGUUACCAUGCCAACAUUGGGCUCGUGUUGUCAACGAAAGCUAUGGUAUGGCAAGCCAUCGGUUCUCUAUGGCCGUCCCUAAUCAUGGACGAUCUGUCACUUGUAGACCGAAUCUAUCCAUUGUCGAAAACAUUGUCCUUCCAAGUCAGAGAGUCUGGUUACUUGCAUAUACAAGCCUCUAAGCCUGAUACAGUCGGUGUUGCCCUGACCGACUCUCCAGCAGGACUUUUAGCCUACAUUGUCGAAAAGUUCUCGAUCUGGACUCGACCUGAACUAACCUCCAAGCCGAACGGUGGCCUAGACUUCCGCUUCUCCAAGGACCAGUUGAUUGACAACCUGAUGAUGUACUGGACCAGUAAAAGUAUAACCACGUCUGUCAGGCUGUAUGCUGAGAGCUUUAAUAUUAAGGUCUUGGGGUAUCAACUUGAUGAUAUACCAACACCAGUCCCAAGCUGGUUCAUCCAAGGAAAAUACGAGAUAGCGUACCAACCUCCUUUCGUCCUCAAACUAAAGUAUCCCAACAUCGUCGGCGUGACUGUGCUUGAUGAUGGAGGGCAUUUCUUCGCUUUCGAACUGCCUGAGGUCUUCUCCAAAGAUGUGUUGAAGGCGGUGACGGCGUUCAGAAAGCUACAGAAGAAUAACGAGAAGACUGAUUUGUGAGGGGUUAGGAGAAAAUAAAGUGGUUGACUGAUU